GGUGACUUAAGUUUUGGUUCAAAGUAAUGUAUUAUUUUCCUACCUCAGUCAUGUGGAGCGCUCUUGGUUUUUCGCCUCUUUUGGCUGUUUUGAUUUUACCCAAAUGGGCCUCUUCUACAAAGAUGAAAGCCUAUUUAGAUCUCGAUACCCGAUUAAAGACACAAUUACGGGGCUACUCGGAAGACCUGCAGGAUCACAUUAGUACCUUAAAUCGUUAUAUAGAUGAUCGAAAAUCUGAGCUAGAUAAAGUGGGAAAAGAUCCUGAAGUGUAUCUGGGCAAUCCUCUUAAUAGCUUCUCUUUAUUACACCAUUUGCACUUUGAUUGGCCAGCUUGGAGAAAGCUAAUGGAAAAGCCCUUAGCCACAGAGUACAUAACCGAGAUUCAAGAGAUGUGGAGCGAGAUGCCAACGAAAGAUGAAUAUACGAAUUCCAUUAAAGCUGCCAAGGAUUUCCAUAAGAACGAAACUCAGGGAAAUUUUGAAUUUAGUCCUUUGGAGUCUCUGCAAAUCGCUCUGCAUGCAUACGACAAGAAAAACUAUACGGAGGCGGAGAACUGGCUAAAUAUUACCUUAAAUGGUUAUAAAAACCUCAGUCUCCAAGAAAAGGAUCUUUAUGAAGUUCUAAGUCCUGUUAUUAUGGUUUAUGACGAAACAAAUGGAGCAGCAAUGAUUGCUAAAUCAUAUAUCAGAUAUUUCAGCAAUCAUCAGAUGGAAUUUAUAGUCAUGAAGUCCGCCUGUAUACUUUCAGUUGGACUAAUCAUUGUGUACUUGUCAUAUUCAAACUCUGAAAAUCGACAUUCUUUAUCAAAAUCCAAAGUGAUAAAUAUUUUAAAGAUCCAAGAAAAUGUAGUGAAAUAUUUAGAAAACUAUAUAUACGCCUUGGAAACGAAGUUGAAAACAAUUGACGAAGCCCUUAUCGACUUGGCCACAUAUCAUAUUCAGUUUGAACGAGACAAGUUGGCCAUAGCAUCUAGUCCAGUGGCAAGUUAUUCAUUAAUCCAUCAUAUGCAAUCGGACUGGACACAUUGGCAGCUCUUCCUACAGGAAGAUCCAGGAAAAGAUGAACUGGCAUCUCUAAUGUCUAUUAAGAAGUACUUGCCUACCAAAAAUGAUAUCUCAGAAGUAUGCCAUGGCAUUUCCAAAAUGUUAAACGCCUAUCUAAUGACUGCGCAAGAUAUCGCCAAUGGUGUAAUCUUAGGCACUCAGACUAAGUAUAUUUCGAGUGCUUUAAAAUUAGAAUAUUUAUACAUGGAAAUUAUUUGCAACAGGCACUUGAUGUCUCUCCGCGAUUGCGUUGCGUUGUCGGAUCACAGUAUGGAAAUGAAAGACUAUAACAAGUCCAAGGAGUGGCUUAAUGUGGCUAUAUCCAUGUUAGAAAGUUCAGCUUAUUGGGAUCCAAUUGUUCCGUCUGCUGAUUUAUACUUGAAACUAGCAGAAGUCUAUGUGAAACAGCAAAAUUGGACUCUGGCGCUUGAAACUGUUGAGUUUGCUCUGAAGUCAAAUCCACGCAAUGCACAGUUGAUCAGGAUGCAAAAGCGUUUAAGCUAUCAUAUUCUGCUCGGUCCGCCCAAAAGCCCGAAAUUAAAUAUUGAAAACAAUGAUUAUAGGCUCAGAAAAAACGGAAGUCUCUACUGCUUCUAUGAUACCAAGAUAAGAACUUUCUAUUCUCUGCUCGCACCAAUCAAAGCAGAAGUGCUCUUUAUUGAUCCAUUGGUUAUACUUUACCACGAAUAA